AUGAUUUUCGGUACGGGAAUUACUAACAUCACCAAGGCAACAUCUUCUUUUCACCCCAGUCACAUCAUUGGUAACAUCUUUGUCAGACUGCAGGCUGAGAAACAGAUGGCAGCUUUUCAAAGUUUGUGUAUCUCCAAGCAAGAAGCAACUGUUUCUAAGUUUGCAUCUCCACUUCCACCAUAUGGAAAUACAAUUAUUCCACAUGAGAUCAUAGAGAAGCACACCCGAUCUUGGCAAGCCCACCUCGAGAGAGUAAGUGAUUUUCUGUUGACUGGAAAGGGCAGCUGGUGGAUGGAGCACGAGAAUGGUGACAUCGAAUUUUACGAUGGCGAGCAGCCCCCAGAUAAUCAUUCUGAAGGUCCUUCUCUUCAUCACUUUCGAUCAAGUAAUUUCAAAAGCGAAGAGAAAUACCUUGAAGAAUGUUGGGAGAAAUGUUUACGGUUGGGUGUGACACUACCUAUAAAAGUGUUAAGAAUUGAAGAUGAGCAUGGAAACAUGAAUGUGGUACAGCAUUCAUCUGUGAACAGAUUGGAAAUGGAAAGUGAUUAUAACCUAAUGAGCCAAAACAACACAAUCCUGAAUUCAUGGACA